AUGCUGCUACUGUAUUGUCAACUACUUGCUUAUGUCAUCUUCGAUCAGUGUGGUUCAGUCGCCUCAAAACCAACCAGAGCUUUUGAAUUCAUGAAAAAAGAGAACGUAAGAGGAAAAGGAAAGUUGAAAUACAAUUUUUUCGAUCCAUCGGAAACAGCGGCAGAGGUCAAUGAAGAAGAUGAGAAGGACAUGGUCGACAAACUUCUCAACUUUUCGCCUGCCAACUUCAAACCUGUUCAAGUCACACAUGCUGUACCAUUUCUUUUCGAUCAGAAGCCCAGAGAAGCGGACGAAGUAGUGGACAAAUGGACAAUCGCCUUGCUCAUUUUGCUGUUCGGAGUGGUAGUGGCUGUCUUGUUUCUCAUCAUGUAUUCCAUUUGUCUCCUGUCUGAUUCACUGCCGGUCGUUGUCCUGACUAUGGCCAUUAUUUUAUUCAUUGCCGGCUCUGUUAUAUCUUUGCUGUGGUUUUUUAAAAUCGUUUGA